CGUCGUUUGUUUUGCUGUGACGAGGAGGAGGGAGCUCACAGCUUCAGAAUUCGGACAAAAGGCAUCGAGUCCGGACACUUGCAGAACAAGUCCGCAGACGUGGAAGCAUGUACCAAGUACAGUUGUCGGCGGAGGAGCCUCAGGAGAGCCGCCCUCUGCUGAGCACGUCCGUCGACGAAUUCCUGUCGGAGGGCGGCGCCGCCCCGCCCUCCGAGGUCUCAGAUCCGGCAGCGUCACAGUCUCCGCUCGACACGUGGGAGGAGCUGAACACGGGCGACGAUGAUGACAGGUCGACUUUUGACACGCCACCUUCAUCACCGCACGCGUCGGCGGAGCUGCUGUGGUGUGCUCCGAUGACGCCGGAAAGCUUGCCUCAAUCCGACGAAGCGGUUGAGCACGACUUGGACUCGGGCUCGCUUAAACCGGUCGGCCGUUUGACGUCAGGCGACCUCGGCCCAGUCGACCCGAUGAAUGCGAGUCAAUCCCUGGAGGAUGAAUUCGUGAAAGCCAAGGCGGCUGUGGAGUCAGACACACAGUUUUGGGACAAGAUGCAGGCUGAGUGGGAGGAGCUUGCUCGCAGAAAGUGGCUGGAGGAGGAAGAGGAGGGUGAGAAGCCAUCUCCGCCCACUAACACACCUGUGAGGAAGGAUUUCCCAUUCAGCAGCGACAAUCCGUUCACGGAGCGCGGCGGCGCCUUUGCCGAAGCUCAGGAGAAAGUGGCAGAGGGCCACCUGAAUGAAGCAGUGCUGCUGCUGGAGGCGGCCAUCUUGCAGGACCCGCAGGACUCAGAGGCUUGGCAGCUCCUGGGGACGACGCAAGCUGAGAACGAGAACGAACGGGCCGCCGUGGCGUCGCUGCAGAGGUGCCUGGAGCUGCGCCCUGACAACCUUCAGGCACUGAUGGCCUUGGCGGUGAGCUGGACCAAUGGUGGUCUGCGACGACACGCCUGUGACGCUCUCUACGGCUGGAUUGCUCACAACCCGCGCUACAAACAGCUCCUUGGACCGGUCGCUGCGGCGCCCCCUGACAACACCAAUGACAGUUUGUUUCUGCAGGAAUUGCUGUUGUUGUUCCAAGAAGCGGCGUCCCUCAACGAGGACCACGUGGAUCCCCAACUGCAGACCGGACUCGGGGUUCUCUUCAACUUAGCGGGUGACUUCCAGGAGGCGGAGCGAGCGUUUAGUGCCGCGCUAUCAGUCACGCCCGAGGACUACCUUCUGUGGAACCGACUUGGUGCUACCCUGGCCAACGGGCGGCGGAGUUCGGAGGCGGUGCUAGCUUACGGCAAAGCGCUGCAGCUACGGCCGGGAUUCGUACGAUGCCGCUAUAACCUGGGAGUCAGCUGCUUGCACCUGGGAGCACACAGGGAGGCCGUGAGCAACUUCCUGAAGGCUCUGAAGCAGCAGCAGAGGCGUGACGGUGGCACCGAAGACGACUGUGUGUCAGCCAGCGUCUGGGCUGCCCUACAGGUGGCGUUGGCUGACAUGGACGCACCCCAGCUGCUCCGCGCCGCCCACGACCGAGAUUUGGACGGGCUGGCGGCUGCCUUCGACGUGGCUGACGCUUGACAAUGGCGACCUGUCGCGACUCCCAAACAAAUGAAACCCGAUUUUUCUGCAAAAACCCUUUAGUCGGAUAUCACAAGGCACUUCCCGUUUGCUUAUUCUGUUUGCGUCAUGUGACGUGAUUAUUCCACGUGUUGCUACCUGCAGGCGGGCAAGUGAAGUGCAAGCGUGUGUGCAAGCGUGUCCUCUCACCAUGACCAGCAGGUGGCGCCAAGCCCGCUGAUUGGUUAUUCAUGCUCAGGUACCCAAAAUGAACAAGUAGAGAAACAGAAAUGCUCCAAAAUCUACAGGAAUUGACUUGGAAAUACCCCAAAAUAAAUAGGAAGUGACCUGAAAGGAACAGAGAGUGGACACAGAAAAGACUCAAAAUCAACAGAAAGUGACCUAAAAUGAACAGGAAUUGAACCGGCAUUGCACCGAAAUAGAUUGGAUGUGCCCCAAAAAUCAAGAAAUGACUUGUAAAUACCACAAAAGUGACCCAAAAUCAACACCAAGUGACUCAGAAAUUCCCCAAAAUCAACACCAAAUGACCCAGGAAUACCCCAAAAUCAACUAGAAGUGACUUGGAAAUACCCCCAAAUCAAUAGGAAGUGACCUAAAAUCAAUAUCAAUUGAACCUGAACUGCACAAAAAUGAAUAGGACGUGUCCAGAAAUCAAUGGGAAAUGCCAAAAAAUGAACAAGGAAAUGACUCAAAAAGCCCCCAAAUCGGUAGGAAGCGAUAAAAAAUCACCUGGAAGUCGGAAAUGACAAAAAUGAACAGGAAGUGACCCGAUAUUGCCCCAAAAAUCAGCAAGAAAUGACUUGGAAAUAUCACACGAGUGACCUAAAAUCAACAGGAAUGACACAGAAAAGACUCAAAAUCAACAGAAAGUGACCUAAGAUCAACAGGAAUUGAAUCGGCAUUGCACCGAAAUAUAUAGGAUGUGCCCCAAAAAUUAAGAAAUGACUUGUAAAUACCACAAAAGUGACCCAAAAUCAACACCGACUGACUCAGAAAAAACCCCAAAUCAACACCAAGUGACCCAGAAAUACCCCAAAAUCAACAAGACGUUACUUGGAAAUACCACAAAUCAAUAGGAAGUGUCUUCAAAUCAAUAUCAAUUGAACCUGAAUUGCUUGGAAAUCAAUAGGAUGUGCCCAGAAAUCAAUGAGAAAUGCCCCAAAAUGAACAAGGAAAUGACUCGGAAAAGCCCCCAAAUCGGUAGGAAGCGAUAAAAAAUUACCUGGAAGUCGGAAACGACAAAAAUGAACGGGAAGUGACCCAAUAUUGCCCCUAAAAUCAGCAAGAAAUGACUUGGAAAUAUCACGAGUGACCCAAAAUCAACACCAAGUGACUCAGAAAUUCCCCAAAAUCAACACCAAGUGACCCAGGAAUAUGCCAAAAUCAACACCAAGUGACCUAGAAAUACCCCAAAAUCAACAAGAAGUGACUUGGAAAUACCCCCAAAUCAAUAGGAAGUGACCUAAAAUCAAUAUCAAUUGAACCUGAACUGCACAAAAAUGAAUAGGACGUGUCCAGAAAUCAAUGAGAAAUGCCCCAAAAUCAACAGGAAGUGACACAGAAAAGACUCAAAAUCAACAGAAAGUGACCUAAGAUCAACAGGAAUUGAACCGGCAUUGCACCGGAAUAUAUAGGAUGUGCCCCAAAAAUCAAGAAAUGACUUGUAAAUACCACAAAAGUGACCCAAAAUCAACACCAAGUGACUCAGAAAAACCCCAAAAUCAACACCAAGUGACCCAGAAAUACCCCAACAUCAACAAGAAGUUACUUGGAAAUACCCCAAAUCAAUAGGAAGUGUCUUAAAAUCAAUAUCAAUUGACCCUGAAUUGCUUGAAAAUCAAAAGGAUGUGCCCAGAAAUCAGUGGAAAAUGCCCCAAAACGAACAGGAAGUGACCCGGAGAAGCCCCCAAAUCGGUAGUAUGCGAUUAAAAAAAAUCACCUGGAAGUCGGAAACGACAAAAAUGAACAGGAAGUGACCCAAUAUUGCCCCCAAAAUCAUCAAGAAAUGACUUGAAAAUAUCACAAGAGUGACCCAAAAUCAACAGGAAGUGACAACAAAAUUCCCCAAAAUCAACGGGAAGUGACUCCUAAGUACCCCAAAAUCAAAAAGAAGUGACCUAAAAUCAAUAGCAAUAUAAGCAAAAUUGCACCAAAAUCAAUUGGAUGUGCCCAGAAAUCAAUGGGAAAUGCCUCACAAUGAACAGGAAUGGACCCGGAAAAGCCCCUAAAUCAGUAGAAAGCGACCAAAAAAAUCAGCUGGAAGUUGGUCGGAAAUGCCAAAAAUGAACAAGGAAGUGAUCCAAAAUUGCCCCAAAAUCAACUGACACUGAUGCAAAAUGCCACAAAUUCAGCAGUAAGUAAUCAGUGGGAAGGGACCAAGAAAUAAUAAUUUUUAAAAAAUCCAACUCAAGAAGAAGUGACUCAUAGGAGUUUACUGACUAAAGGGCAACGUUUCGCUACACAAUUUUCUUUAGAAAUUGCAUUUUCUAGUUCAUUAAAAUAACAAGGUGAGCCUAUUUUAUUCACAUGCAAUCUCCUGAUGGAUCUUUGUACAGAAAUCACCAAAAAGCACCUGU